UGACACUACAAAGAAAAUAAAUCUGUAGAAUUCUAAUUGUUCCCGGUCGAACACCCUUCUUAAAAUAUAACGACCUUUUCCCAAUUCAGUCACUCGCUCUCUCUCUCUCUCUCUUUCUCUCUCCUACCUUUUGCAUAACAUACACUUAUUAUAUACACCAUGAAGUACACUGCCGUAUGCAAGGCGCUAUAUGACUACAAAGCACAAUCCGACGAAGAACUCACUUUUAGUGAAGACAAUAUCUUGUAUAUUCUUGACAAAGACGAUGACCCAGACUGGUGGAAGGCUCAGUUGAAAACACCUUCACUUGAUCAAGUCGGCCCCAUUGGUCUCGUACCAGCCAACUAUAUUGACGAGGCAGAACCUAUCGGCACAAUUGAAGCCCUCUAUGAUUAUACUGCUCAGCAGGAUGAAGAACUGUCAUUUAAGGAAAAUGAUAUCAUGGUUCUAUACGAAAACGAUGAUCCGGAUUGGUUCCUUGCCAAGGAAAAGGGCGGUACCAUUGGCUUGGUACCGAGUAACUACAUUCAAGAGGUAUCCAACAAGGCAGUUACUCGAUCGUCAGCACACGACCAACUCGCAGCAUCGGCAACAGCUGUAGAAACAGCAGCAGCAUCUGAUUCACCAAGCCAAGAGGCACAGCAACCGUCAGUUUCCGUCUUUUCUGCCAUUUCAAAUUCUCCUUCGAUAGCCCCAGCAGAACAGUCUCGCGCAAUACCCCAUGUAAACGACGAAGCCGUAUCAUGGCCGGUGCAUGAAUACGACGUGGAUAAGAAAAAAAAGAAAAAAAGUAAGGGCAACUUGCUGAUCGGCAACGGCAUGCUAUGUUAUGGCAGUGAAACCGACAAAGCUUCUCCUGUACGUCAAUUCGCGAUAUCGGACGUUGGGAAUUCGGCGCACGACGGCAAAAACAUACACAUUGAGAUAUCGGACGCAACGAGAUCGACGCUUGAUUUCCAAGCAUCAUCCAAAUCCGAAGCUAAAGCUAUUAUCUCAAAAAUCGACGAAUCAAAGUCUCUUGCUAUUUCCUCAGCCAAUGCCGCACCUGCAGCCGCUCAUCAGACACCAGCACCAGCACCAGCACCGGUAGCAGCUCCUGUCGUGCAUGAGCCUGAACCCAAAGCAGAGCCAGCAGAGCCCGCAUGUGAACCGCGUUGGUCAAUUGCAUUAUAUGAUUUUACUGCAGAAGGGCCUGAAGAAAUUUCAAUCAAAGAAAACGAUCAAGUGCUUGCAGUUGAUUAUGUCAGCAGCGAAGAUUGGUGGACGGUCGAGUAUCAGGACGGCCGAUCGGGUAUUGUGCCGGCCACCUACGUGCAGUUCCAGGAAGAUUAUGAAGCAGAAAUGGAACAAAAUAACGCUAUGCAACGACAGCAGGAGGAGGAACAGGUAGAGCGACAGCGAAGAGAAGCUGAAGCUGCUGCUGCUAGACAACGUCGAUUGGAAGAGGAAGAAGCGCGUCGUCGACGAGAACAGGAAGAACGCGCCAGACGCGAAGAGGUUGAACGCCGACGACGACAGGAGGAAGAAGUAAAACGAAAGGAGCAAGAGCGUAAAGCAGCCGCUGCUGCAUCGGCCCCAUUAGGAGGGGGUGCUUCGCCGCGUCGCAGCCAAAUACCAGCUCCACCACCACCCAACAAGCCGCCAGCUGGCAAAGCCAUGCCAAGUGCACAAGCUGUCAAGUCGAUACCUUUGCCCAACAACCGUUCUUUGCCUGAACGACCCAAACAGGCACAGGAUCCAGGAAAGCCAGAUCCCAUCAAAGUACGCACGUGGACCGAUCGUAGCGGCGCAUUCAGGGUCGAAGCCCAAUUUCUGGGCUGCCACGGUGACAAGAUCCGAUUGCACAAGCUCAAUGGCGUAAAAAUUGACGUACCUAUCCAGAAAAUGUGUAUGGAGGAUUUGCGCUACAUUGAGCAAGAGACAGGCCAACGGCUUUUUGAAGACAGUGGCGACGACAUUCCCUUGGCCCAUUUCGCAAAGGAUGGUCGUAGCAGCAACAGCGGCAAGCAAAACUGGAGCUGGUACGACUACUUUAUGCGAGCCAAUAUUCCCAUGAACAACAGUCUGCGCUAUGCGUCCACGUUUCAAGCGGAGGGACUGGGUAAAGGUGAUCUGGAGAAUUUGACGCACCGCAAGAUGAAGUCGCUCGGCAUGUCUGAAUCGCAUGUACAGCGCUUGCAGCGUUUCAUUGAAACAAAUGUCCCGGAACCAGCUUCGGACGAAGAGUCAAUGUCACACCCACCACUUCAGCAGCAGCAGCAGCAGUUUAAAAAGAAGGGCAAAAAGUCGGUAAGCUUUGGUGCGACAAGUGUUAUUGACGACAGUGAGGACGAGUCGACAGCUUGGGCAGAAGCUGUAGCAGCAUCGCGUAACGCACAGUCGCAGAUCGAGGAAGACGAACGACUCGCACGGCAGCUUCAGGAACAGUUCAACUCGCAGCAAGAAUCACCAGUGCUAAAUCGUGGAGGCAACAGUGGCGGCUUGCAGCGACGAGGAACUGGAAGACCUACGCCCAGUAAUGUGGCACCUCGAGGAGUGAACACAGCAAUGAUGGACAAGAUCAAGACUCAACUGAGCUCGACACCAUUGCAGCCUACACCAGCCGCUAGCUCUUCUACUCCUCCUGCAACACAAGCACCACCCGCAACACCGCCUAGAGACCCGGUUGUAUCGAUUCCUCCAGUGAAUGGCCCUAUUGCUACUCAAUCGACUGGUUUUGCUGAUGAUGCCUGGGCUCCGCGCGCCACUUCUUCGCCAAACAAGUCUUCUGCUGUGGUCAAUACAUCGAUUGCUCCACCACCUGUAGGUGAUGCCAUGGCACAGACUAAAGCAGCAUGGUCUGCUCCACCACCACCACCUCCUCCUCCAGCUCCUCCAGCUCCUGCAAUGCAACAACAACAACAACAACAACAACAGCCCAUGAUGGCUCAAAACCAUGUCCCUGCUCCUCCUCCAUCACAACCACCAGUCCCUCUUCCUCCGCGACAGCGUCCAACACCACCAACACCUCAGCAGAAUAACAAAGUGGAUGUGCAGAUGCUUUCACAAUGGACUAGCCCUGCUGGCGGUAAUCAUCAGCAACAACAACAGCCCCCUGUUCAGUCUCAACCUUCGCAUGUUCAGCAAAUGGCGAUGCAGUUUGGUAACCAACAACAGCAGCAUCCACAACAGCAAGCACCACCCCCGCCCCCGCGAUCACCCAUGAACCAAUUUGUAUCGCAGGCUGCGCCCCCGCCACCUCCUGCACAGUCGCAAUUUAUGCAGACACCGGCACAACAGAACCCUGCGUUUGCUGCACAUUCCCCUGUGCAGCAGAAUCAAUUCAUCCCACAGCAGGCACCGCAGCAGCAGCAGCAAGCUCCAAUGAUGAUGCACCAGCAACAGCAGCCAAAUAUGCUGACCAACGUGCCCAUCAAUGCUGCUUUGCCGCAACCAUUGGUCCCAACAGCCACUGGCAUGUCCAAUCAGUCAUCUCAGAGUGGCGAAGGAAGAACGUGGGCCAAUGCCAGUAAGUAACUCGAUCUGUCCCUUAUUUUCAGCAAUUUCUCUCAUUGUUACUAAUCGAUACGGUGAUAGCUCCGGAUAAUCCAUUUGGAGGAGCUCAAGGUCAGCGUCCUGGUGUACAGACACAAGGCUCGUUCUCUAUGGGAUCCUCGUCUUCGUCGUUGCAGCCAUCACAAGUGUUUGCUCAGAUGACAGGGCAGCCAGCAGGCUACCAAAUAUCACAACCUACAGGCUUUAACCAGCAACCAAUGAACAUGCAGAAUCAAGGUAGGUGUU